AUGGAUCGUAAUCACGAUUGUUCGGGUAGUCACGGAACUUAUGUUUGUGUUGCUGACAAUGGCAUUGGUGAACCAGUUCAACGUGAAGCCCAAUUGGAUAUCGCCGAUCCUGUACAAAGCAAUGCAUACAUUUUGGGUGAAACAAAUUCAAGUACAAUUGUUGAACUCAACCGACCAGCAACGAUUCGUUGUUUGCCUGGCGGUUAUCCAAAACCACAUAUUACAUGGUGGAAAGGUAGAAAUAUGAUGCCAUUGAAAACGUCACGUUUUGAAGUGAGAAGUGACCAUUCAAUUGAUUUCAUUAGCAUUGCAUUGUCGGAUUUGGGACCAUACAUUUGUCAAGCAUACUCGGGAGAAGGUCGACCAGUCUCGAAGUAUGUGACACUAUUGGCCCCUGGUCCAGUGCAUGCUGAUUCGCCCGAAGAUGAGCAAUACUUACAAUAUGUUGUAAAUGCAACAUCAUUGCAACCAACACCAAAUUAUCCACCCAGACAAACACCACCGGUCGAAACACAGGAACCAAUUGGUAAGCAAACUCUCUCGCAAAUUUACACCAAUGCAAAUUUACAAUUAAAUUUUAUAUCGAUUACAGAAGCAAAUACGCUGACGAUUUAUGGUGUUACAACCGAUGAUUCUGGUAGCUAUAGAUGUUCGGCACAAAAUCGCUUCACUUCUGCAUUCCACGAAGAACAAAUAAAUGUUGAAGGUGCUUAUGUACCCACCAAUUGCGUAGAUAAUGUAUUUUUCGCCAAUUGUAAACUUAUUGUUAAAGCCAAAUACUGUACUCAUCAGUACUAUGCCAAAUUCUGUUGUAAAUCGUGUACACUUGCUGGCCAAUUGCAGUCAAACUUCGAUACAAACCUCUUAUAAUUAAAAUGAACAAGACUUUUGAUGCCCCGUGAUGAUGGGAAAUUUAAGAACAGUAGACAAUAAUAAAUAAUAAAACACAAUCAUUUCAAAACAGUAAAGUAAUAAGCUAACAAAGGAAAAACAGACAAACUAUACAUAGAAUUUUACCAAAACUAAGUCAAUCGACAUGUCAAAUUGUUAACAUGAUGAACUUAAAAUUACGAUUAAAUUUUCUUCUUUUUUAAAUAUGUUACCCGAUUUUUCUUUUUAAAUAAAAUGCGUUUACUCCAAUCAUCAGAUUAAGUAA